AUGGGGUUCCUCAGCCUCGUGGGCAACUCCUUCGGGUGCUCGGCCUCCGGCGAGCGCCUCGUCUCGGCGGCCCGGGACGGCGACCUGCAGGAGGCGCGCGCGCUCCUCGAGUACAACCCCCGGCUGGCCCGCUACUCCACAUUCGGCGGCCGCAACUCGCCGCUGCACUACGCCGCGGCGCAGGGUCACCAUGAGAUUGUUUCUCUGUUGCUCGAAUCCGGUGUGGAGAUCAACCUCAGGAAUUACAGGGGGCAGACUGCUCUGAUGCAAGCCUGCCAAUAUGGCCACUGGGAGGUUGUUCAGACACUGAUGCUCUUCAAUGCAAAUAUCCACAGGACAGAUUAUUUGAAUGGCGGGAUUGCUAUCCAUUUUGCUGCACUGCAUGGUCAUGCCCGGUGCCUUCGUCUCGUGCUUGCAGAUUAUGUGCCAAGCAUCCCAAACUUCUUAAGCCAGACGAAUCACAGAUCGUCUGAGGAAGUUUCAGAUGCUGAUUUUGAUGAUGAUGGUUUGGUCAAGAUGGUAAACUGGAAGGCAGAUGGAGGCCUAACCCCACUUCAUAUGGCAGCGUUAAAUGGCCAUGUAGAGUGUGUACAGUUGUUAUUGGACCUGGGAGCAUCAGUUUCUGAGGUCACCAUUGAAGAUGGAACGACUAUCGACCUUAUAGGAUCAGGUAGCACCCCACUUCAUUACGCUGCUUGUGGUGGAAAUGCUGUAUGUUGUCAACUUCUUAUUGCUCGAGGAGCCAACCUUGCUGCCAAAAAUGCUAGUGGCUCGACCCCGUUAAUGGUAGCUCAUUCAUGGCAUAGAACCUCUAUUGAGGAAAUUUUGAGUAAUGAACCAGGGGGUCAAACACGUACUCUUCCUUCUCCAUAUUUGUGCCUCCCACUUAUGAGUAUCAUGAGCAUUGCCAGGGAGUGUGGUUGGAGGUACCUAAACAAGUCACCUGUAUGCAUUGACCCAUGUGCUGUCUGCUUAGACGGGAGCUGCUCUGUUGCCGCAGAAGGAUGCAAACACGAGUUCUGCACGAGAUGCGCCCUGUACCUCUGCUCGACCAGCUACACGUCGGCGAACCCCGCGGGCGCCAUACCGUGCCCGCUGUGCCGGCACCCGAUCACCUCCUUCGUGGCGCUCCCCGGCACGAGCCCGAUAAGGGAGCAGCUCCCCCGGAACAGCCUCUCGCUGUCGUUCUGCGCGACGUGCCCGGCGGUGAGCUCCGACUCGGCGGCCCCUGGUGGAGGCCACCCGUACCGGGCCAGCAGCGAGCUCCACUGCGGCGGGGGCAUGCGGAUGCCGCCGAUGGGGUCGUCGUCGUUCCGGUCGCUGAGCUGCCAGGCGAUGAAGCUGAACCCGUCCUUCUGCAUGGGCGCCAUGGACACCAACCCGUGCCUCAUCCGGUGCUCGCGGUUCGGGUCGAGCCUGGGCCGGUCGGCGUCCCACGGCGAGGCCAACCGGCGAGGAGGGGCGUGGCCCGUGACAUUCAGCCCCAUCGUCGCCACCAGCAGCUGA